AUGUCAACCAUGAAAAGACGUUGCGAAGAUCGGACGGUCAUUCUAGAUCCAGAACAGUACAAAGUCGCCUGGAUUGCCCCCCUCGAGAUUGAAGCAAGAGCUGCUUUGUGUCUGCUGGAUGAAAGACAUCACGGUCGGUUUCCCGUCAGCCGCGGUGAUGACUACAUUUUUGAAGCUGGUGUCAUGGGUGGUCACAACAUCAUUAUAGCGACUCUGCCGGCGGGUCAAGAAUAUGGCAACGGUUCUGCAGCCGCACUCGCCAGUCAGCUCAAAAAGUGCUUUCCUAAUCUUUGGUUCGGGCUGCUUGUUGGUGUGGCGGCGGGAUUGCCUAGUAUCAGUCGAGGUCGUGAUAUCCGACUUGGCGAUAUUCUCGUCGGUCUUCCCGAUGGUAAUAGUGCAGGGCUGAUCGCGUAUGACCUUGGAAAGGAAACUGAGGAUGGCUUUGAGUUGCUACGUCAUGGCCACAGUCUUGCAAUGGCUGAGCCUAUCGUUCGGUCGGCCAUAGGGAACAUCAAGCUUCUAGCACCCAAGGAAAGUGAGGUCUUCUUGCCAUAUUACGAGAAGAUUGCGAAUCUAGAUCAUGCCACGGGAACAUUUGCCGACCCUGGGCAAGAUAACGACAUUCUGUACGACGAUGAGAGCCAAAUGAUUCAGCGCUCUUCACGACCAGCACAUAUACGAUCUCGCGUCUGGUAUGGCCCCAUUGGAUCGGGUGAUAAACUGUUGAAGAAUGCCGAGAAACGAAACUUACUAAGAGACAAAUACGAUAUUAUCGGGUUGGAAAUGGAGGCAGCAGGAACCAUCAACAGAAUCCCUGUGGGCGUCAUCCGAGGGGUUUGCGAUUAUGGCGAUCGACACAAGAAUAAGGGCUGGCAGCCAUAUGCCGCAGCCAUGGCUGCUUCAUAUGCUAGAGCGCUACUUGACGUCAUCAGGCCCUCUUUGCCAUCCGCCUCAGAUCCCAGACCAGAGGUUAACCAGCAACAGAGAAUAGCCAUCUUGCAAGCAUUAGAAGAGAUGGCCUUUGGCCAGGACCAAGUUAACCGGAUUGCACUUGUCGGACUAGGCGGCGUUGGUAAGACGCAAAUAGCCCUGCAAUUUGCCCACGAGGUCAAAGAGAAACACCCACAUUACUCGAUCUUCUGGGUACCAACAUUGAGUAACGAAGGUGCUGAGCGUGCCUACGUGGAGAUUGCCAAAAGACUAAGGGUGCAGAAGACUGAUGACAGUGAUGACGUGAAGGAGCUUGUUUGCCAGCAUCUCGCAUCAGGUGAAGCUGGUAAAUGGCUCCUGAUUGUGGAUAAUGCAGACGACCCAGAUCUCAUACUUGGAACUGAGCAGAAGCGUGGCCUGGAAGAGUAUCUCCCGCUGAGCGAUAACGGCGUGGUUUUGAUCACGACACGAACUCGCCAGAUCGCUGUCGAUCUUGCCCAGUCAGACGUGCUCGAUGUGCAGGAAAUGGACAGAGAAGAGGCCAUUCACCUCUUCACAACAUCCCUCAUUCAGAAGCCGCAACUUGGCAACGAAGAACUGGUCCUCGAACUGCUCACAAAACUUACAUUCCUUCCAUUGGCCAUUGCUCAGGCCUCUGCGUACCUCAACAAAAACAAAGCCCCCAUACGAGCUUACCUGAAGCUUCUUGAGGGCGCUGAGUCUGAAAUCCAAAAGCUAGACCCUCUUGCGGUUGACUUGCUAUCGUUUAUAUCCUACAUCGAACCAAAAGCAAUUCCACAGUCCAUUCUCCCUGUAUCAGCACCUGCAGAGUUCGAGUCGGCUAUCGGAACACUUUGCAGCUACUCCUUUCUAGCUCGUAGAGAGGAAGCUGACACAUUUGACAUGCAUAGCCUCGUGCAUACAGCAACAAGAGACUGGCUUCGUAAAGGUGAACGCGGGAGGCAGUCUUUCCAAGACGCAAUAUCUCAUCUUGCAGCAAGAUUCCCUGUAGAAGGUGAUUUUAACUACACUCUACGAUCAGAGUAUGUUCCACAUGCAAUGCGGUUGUUGAGUCGCAAUGAUCAAGAGAGGGGCGAUGACACAUAUACCCUCCUCGAGAAGCUUGGUUGGUCGUUUGCGCGCGAUAGGCGAUUUAAAGAAUCAAGUGAAUGCGCGGAGGAGGUAUUUAAGUGGAGAAGAAGCUUUUUGCCAGAAACAGAUCUGCUUCGGUUAAGAGCAGAGACUACUCUUGGGAUUGCAUAUGCUGAUCGCCGACAAUUUGAAGACGCUAGCGAAAUACUAAGUCACGUUGUCAAGACUCAAUCGGGAAUACUCGCAGAAGAUGAACCCCUUCGCUUGAUAGCAGAAUACGCACUGGCAUCCGUAUACAUGAACGUUAAACGAGUCGAAGAUGCGAUCGAGAUCUUUGAGCACAUUGUAGAUGUCGAAAAGCAUCUAGAUGAGGAAGACGAUUCUCGACUGUCGUCGAAGAAAGGACUGGCAGAUGCAUAUCUUGCAAAUGGUCAAAGAGAAGAAGCUAUCGAUAUAUUACAGCACAUCAUCAAAGUUCGAAAGAGAACGCAAGAUAAUAACUUUGACUGUCUGGCGUGCCACUACUCACUCGGAAUCGCCCUUUUGGGAAGUGGGCAGACUGAAAAUGCAAUCGAGAUAUUCGAGCGGUUGCAGGUAACUGGUAUGGAGACACUUGAAGAAAGUGACCAAUUGCGGCUGGCAAAUGAACACAGCCUCGGAAGUGCCUUUCUACAAUUGGGUCGAAUCAAGGAUGCUGUCCCCAUUUUUGAGCAUGUCGUUGAAAUGGAGAGGCGUAUCUUGCCAGAGAAUGAUUCUUCUCUCUUGAAAUACGAGCAGGAACUUGCACAUGCAUAUCUAGUUGACGGGCGAACACUAGAUGCAAUCAACAUAUUGGAGCAUGUGGUAGGAUUCAACAGGAGGACAUUGCCAGAGAACGAUCAAUGGCGCUUAGCAUCAGAGCGCGACCUGGCAGCUGCAUAUCAGAAAGUUGGACGGACCCGGGAAGCCAUUGAGAUUUUGGAGCGUGCUGUUUCGGCAAAAUCCGGCAUACUGGCGUAUAACUACCCCUAUCGACAAGAGUUUAGACGCUUACUGCUAGACUGUCAUGACAAACUGAAGGAGACUGGCAAUUAAGAUAACAAAAG